GUGAGAUCUUUCAUGACAGUCACCUGACUAAAACAAAGUCAUGUUGCAAUUAGCUAGUGCUAGCCGUAAAUACUUGUGCAAGCUACAUACACAAUUAAUGAAUUAAAAACGUUCAAAUAGCUAAGUUAUUUAGACUACCAGAGGAGAUGCAUUAUUGCGUAUUAUUCUAUGUGGGGAUGAUUUGUGGCUAACCCAGCUAGCUAGCAAAUGCUCUUCAGUUGUCUCUUCUGGAUUGUUUGGAGAAUACAGGGAUAAAAAUGCCUCAGUCAGCGGCUAUCAUCAGUGGGAUCCAGAGGAUGGUUUUGUAUGAAACCAGAGCCAGGUAUUUUUUGGUGGGGACCAAUCAGUCAGAGACGAAACACAGAGUCUUGAAGAUUGACCGCACCGAACCCAAGGACCUGGUCAUAAUUGACGAUAAGCAUGUGUACAGCCAGCAAGAGGUUCGGGAGUUGUUGGGUCGCCUGGACCUGGGCAACCGGACCAAGAUUGGCCAAAAGGGUUCCUCGGGCCUGUCCAGGGCUGUUUCCGCCUUUGGCAUUGUGGGGUUUGUACGUUUCCUCGAGGGGUACUACAUUGUGUUGAUCACCAAGCGCAGAAAGAUGGCUGACAUCGGUGGCCACUCCAUCUACAAAAUUGAAGACACCAGCAUGAUUUACAUCCCCAAUGACUCGGUCAGGGUUACACACCCUGAUGAAGCAAGAUAUGUGCGGAUCUUUCAGAACGUGGACCUAUCCAGCAACUUCUACUUCAGCUACAGCUAUGACCUGAGCCAUUCGCUGCAGUACAACCUGACUUUGCUGCAGAGACCUUAUGAACUGUGGUCUUCACCAACUUCCCCUGCUGAGGAAGAAGUUAACAAACAGAGCAAGCAGGACAGCUUCGACAUCUUUGAAGAUGAGGGUCUGCCUACGCAGGUGGUUUACGGCCUCCAGAGCGAGCCGUACUACAAGUACGUGUGGAACGGGAAGCUGCUGGAACGAGUCAAGGACAUAGUGCAUCAUGACUGGCUCAUGUAUAUAAUCCACGGCUUUUGUGGCCAGUCCAAGCUGCUGAUCUACGGCCGACCGGUCCACAUCACCCUUUUUGCCAGGCGCUCCAGCAAAUUUGCCGGGACCCGCUUCCUCAAAAGAGGAGCCAACUGCGAGGGGGAUGUGGCUAAUGAGGUUGAGACAGAGCAGAUCGUCCAUGAUGCCUCAGUUAUGUCUUUCGCAGCAGGAAGUUACUCCUCAUACGUCCAGGUGCGAGGUUCAGUCCCGCUCUACUGGUCCCAGGACAUUUCCACCAUGAUGCCAAAACCCCCAAUACGAUUGGACCAAGCUGACCCAUACGCCCACGUAGCUGCCCUCCAUUUUGACCAGAUGCUGCAGCGGUUUGGCUCUCCUAUCAUCAUCCUCAACCUGGUCAAGAAACGGGAAAAGAGGAAACAUGAGAAGAUUCUGAGUGAAGAGCUUUACCCAGCUGUGAUCAACCUAAAUCAGUUCCUCCCUCCAGACAACUGCAUCGACUACAUCGCCUGGGACAUGGCCCGCUACACAAAGAGUAAGUUGUGCAACGUACUGGACCGUCUAAGCAUGAUAGCAGAGAACGUGGUUAAGCGAACCGGUUUCUUCAUUAAUCGUUCCGACUUCUACUGUCACACCAUCAGACCAGAUGACAGGUGGGGAGAUUUAGGUGGACACAUCACAGCCAGUGGACGAGUGCAGACUGGUGUAUUGAGGACCAACUGUGUGGACUGUCUGGAUCGGACCAACACAGCCCAGUUCAUGGUGGGGAAGUGUGCGCUGGCCUAUCAGCUCUAUGCACUGGGAAUGAUUGACAAGCCCAAACUUCAGUUUGAUACAGACUGUGUGAGGUUGUUUGAGGAGCUGUACGAGGACCAUGGAGACACUUUGUCGCUGCAGUACGGCGGCUCCCAGCUGGUCCACAGGGUCAAGACCUACCGCAAGAUCGCUCCCUGGACACAACACUCCAAAGACAUCAUGCAGACGCUGUCGCGCUACUACAGCAAUGCUUUCUCAGAUGCUGACAGACAGGAUGCCAUCAACCUGUUUCUCCAAGUCUACCAGCCAUCGGAGUCCAAGCCACACCUGUGGGAGCUGCCCACUGACUUCUACCUGCAUCAGAAGAACAGCAUGACCCUCCCCCAAGACAGACGCAGCUACACACUGUGGUGGUCACCAGGAAUCUUAUCUUACCUUCCUCUGGCCUAUGAUGAAGUCCCGUGUGAGGACAGCAUGAAAAAGGUCAAAGUGAAGAGAGUGAACCGCUUUGAGGAGAGUAUUGACAUCUAUACAGAAUUCUUCAAACCUUAUGAACUUACCGCCUUUGAUGACACAUUCUGCAUCGCCAUGACCAACUCUGCAAGGGAAUUCAUGCCCAAGACCAUUGGAGUGGAUCCAAGCCCAUUCACAGUUCGCAAGCCAGAGGAAACAGGAAAAUCAGUGCUAGGCAACAAGAGCAGUAAGGAGGAGACCCUGCUACAGAGGAAGACUGCAGCCAGCGCCCCUCCUCCCCCGAGUGAGGAGGCCAUUAGCAGCACAUCGGAGGACGACUCCGAGGAGGACCGCGAUGACGACGGAUCCGUCUCCCAGCGCUCUACCCCGAUCAAACUGCUAACAGAGUCUGGCGAAAGCAAUCGCAUACAGGAGGAGAUCCAGCAGCAGUCAGUUAAGGAGCCCUAUGGACUCAAUCUGUCUGAGUUUCCUGCUGAGAAAGACCUGCACAUUUAUGAAAGGUUUGUACAUCUGGGCGAGAGCCAGCACAGGGUGGAAAGAACCGAACACAUAAACCUGGCAAACAUCAUCUGCUUAGAGCCCGUGUCCUGCUUCCCAGAGGACAGCAUCUAUGGCGUUUCCCCCCCGCAGGUCGACAGAGAAAGCCGCGAGGAGUUUGAGAGCCAUGUGGUGACGGGUCAGGGUCAGGUGAGGGUGCUGUGCAGGGACGACAUGUUGAUGUACAGGGAGUACGUCAAGAACAGAUACAUGUGAGACACAGACAUCAAGAACUGGACCUCUGUUACCAAUGUGCAAAUCCAGAUUAUAAGAUCAAAUGCUGGGAGUAUACUGUCCAUAAUGUUGCAUGUACAACCCAUGUGUCCUGUAUUUGGACUCAACUAUGCAGGUUGAUUUAUUUUUAUUUUUUAACUAAGUCGUGUGUGUUUUACAGUAAUAGCUUCAAAUGUUAUUCAGUUAUGUCAGUUUUGUUUUUAUUCAUUCAGACUUGCCUCAACAGGCUACCUAUAUGGUGCUUUUUAUUUGUUCUGUUUUUUUUCCAUUUAAAUUUAGAUUGAAACUCUUUUAAUUAAAUUUAUUUAACUAAAUGUUUGUUUUGAACGUGUAAAUUGAUAUAAAUUUUGACUCUUAAAGGUCCCAUAUUAUGCUAAUUUUCAGGUUCAUACGUAUGCCGGGGAAUGACUGUAACAGCACAGUAGCGGCACUUUCCACCUACAUAUAGUAUAUUAUAGUUGUGACAUCACAAUCGUACGGAAGUCCUGACGGCUCGUUUAUAGGCACAGUUUCUGAAUAUGGGCUGUGUGCAUUUCUCUAUGGAUUGAGCAUUUUGAUACUUUCACAGUAUUUAUAUAGCACCUCGACCUGCUUUAUAAUUUUUACAAUAUGGGAUCUUUAAGUAUUUUUGAAUCUUAAAAGUUAUAAACAAUAUCAUUAUAUAAUAUAAUUAAUAUGAUGGCAAGCCCAGAGAUUAUGAUAACUAUGACUUAUGAUGUUCUUUAAAUUCCACUUCAGAUGUGCUUUGCGUUUUGAUCUUUGUUUUUAAUUUAUUCUGUUUAACCAUUGUGCCAUGACGGGGAUAUACAUUGUUUUUCCUAAAUUGCUCUCACAAAAACUAUUUGAAACAAUUGGCUUGCAUAACUUAAGUCAUGUACUGUAAAUGUAUAUCCAGGUUGUUUUCCUUUACACUCACAUCACUGAUACUUUGAUAUUGUGGGUUUUAUCAAACCUCAUUCUUAGUUUACAAAGCUGCACACCGAUUUUGUUUUGUCUAAAUGCAUUUAUUUAAUGUCAUCUUAUUAUGACCGGUAGUUCUAAAUUAAACACGUAUUUACAGUAUAAACAUGAUGUGACAUUUGAUUGAUUCUACACUGUUCUUUUCCCUCUUUGCGCCUCUUCAUAUAUUUCUGUGCUCUGUUGUUCUUCAGAAAAAAUUAUUAAUACUUUCAUGCAGCUUCUGUAACGGUUCUUCAUCCCUCCUACUCUCUACUAUUGUCUGUCACAUUUCUUUUUUAUGUAUUUUACUUAAAAGAGUCUCCCACCUCUUAA